AUGGCUAUGAUCAUGAGAAAUAUCUGGUAUAGAAGGAACAAAUUCAUGUUUGAUAAAAAAUUCUUAACUCCUACUAGUGUUGUGCAGCUUUCAUUAGUAGGAUAUGAAGAUUUCAAGCUGGCUCAAGAGAUGUUAAGGGGUGAGAUAAACAAAGUUGCUGUCAAUCCAACUAUGUGUGGAGGAAAAGGGUGGAGGAAACCAGGGCAUUCGAAGCUAAAAGUUAAUUUUGAUGCUGCUAUUAAUGUGUCCUCCCAGAGAUUGGGAAUUGGUUUGGUAAUCAGAGAUUGUGAGCAUGAAGUUUUUGCUGCAAAAUGUGCUAUUAAGGAAGCCAUGGUUCUAUGUGAAGAUCUAGGGUUAGGGGAUGUUCAGUUUGAAAGGGAUGCGAAGGGAGUUAUUGAUGCAGUGAGGAAGGGGGAAAUGGAUGACUCCAAAGCUGGUCACCAGGUGGAGGCUUUGCAGCAGAAGCUGAGUUCCUAUUCCAGGUGGAAAGUGAGUUUUACUCAUAGAGAGGACAAUGAGGAUGCUCACCAAUUAGCUAAGAUGGCAUUAAACUAUGAGAAAGACAUAUAUUGGAUUAAGGAGGGUCUUGAGUCAAUUGUGAAUCAGUUAAUUAUAGAUCAAAUGUAUGUUGUAUCUGAUACAAGUUGA